AUGCAUUCUUGUCCACAGAAUCAUAGUUCUACUCUCCCUGUGCAGGAAAAAAGACAAAUUCACAUUGGAGCGUUUGUUCCAUUCCUAAAAGAUGACAGAUACGGACAUUUCACAGCGAUGAAAAUGGCCAUUGAUAUAAUAAACAAUCGAACUGAUAUUCUAGAUAAUUACACUCUGGUGCUGGACUCUGAAGAUACAAUUUGGGUAAGUGCAUGAUACUUUAUUGAUAUGAAUCACUUCACUGAGGAUGAUUUUGAUGGGUCAUUCUUGUAAGACGGACUUAACAAUUACUUCUAAAAUCUUCUUGUCAGGAAGAACACGAAGAGCGCUCAGACCAUUUGUACGGAAAAUCCGAUAAUUCCGGGAGUAGUUUUGCUUCAGCAAACUUAACCGGAUUUAGUUAUAGUUAUAGGUAUAGGUAAAAACCCCAAGUGCGAACCUUGACGUGUUACUAUAAAAACACCAAACAAUUAAUAACUUAACGAAGAUCAAUUAAAACACACGACUAAUAAAACCAGACACGUUUCUUAAGACACGAGAAAUCAACUUUAUGACCCUUUAAUAGUAGAACUAUAAACCAUCAUGGCGGCCGGUCGCCUCAUUUGGUCGCUCCGGCUUUUUGUCCUUUUCAUUCUCGUAUGCAAGGUUAGGUGUUCAACAGGAACAAGAAAUUGCAAUAUAACGGCCACUCGUAGGCUGAGAAAAAAGUUUUUUAGUCGUGUAAUCCAUUACCGUCCAAACUGAGAUGCUGGCUAUAAUCCAUGUGACUGUAUUCAUCCGAACCCAGGACCUGUGAAGAACCCCUGUGUACACUGAAAAAGAGCAAUUGUCGACUCAAAUUCAAAUUUCACAUUAAAUGUGGUGGAAUUACAGUCAAGAAACAUUUGCUCAUGGUUUCGGGUAACAAAAGUUGGACCUGUCAACCAUGUUAUUUGAAAUUUAUGCAGGAACUUCCAUUUCACUCCGCAUCGUCGAACUCUUCGCAGGCGGAAAAUUUAAAUCUGUCUGCUGUUUCUGAAGUAUCAGAACAAGUGGCGGAUGUACGGGAAGACUUUUCAUUUUUGAGGAAGGAGUAUCCAAGGAAUUUAACAUCGCUUCUUACAAUAUAAACAGCCUGCAAAGCAAAUUUGUAGAGGUUAAGGAAUGGCUCGAUCAACGAGUGUUCGAUGUAUUAACAAUUCAAGAGACCAAGAUUGAUCGAACAUAUCCCAAUUUCCAGUUUCAGGUUGAGCACUAUAAGGCAGUGAAAGAGCGUUUCACUAAAUUAUGCGAAGAAACGCAUGGAAAUCAGAGGAAAUUUUGGGGUACCAUUUCACCAUAUAUUAAUUCACGUAAAAAAGUAAAUAUCGGCCGGAUAAUGUGGGACUUUGAAUGCAUAUUUUACUGGUUUUGAUGCUAACAGUGCGAAUUACACCUCCACCCCCGAUAUUGAUGUACAUGUAUGUAGGGUAUGCGCGGGUUCUUACAGUUUUGUCCGAGCGGUCCUGGGUCCGAGUUUGGGACCGAGCGAGGGUUUGAACCAGAGUGAGUGGAGCCUGGACCCGAAUCAUACACGUGGGAUCGCGUGUGGCGGUGUGUCACGUGAUCAAGAAUCUCGUGCGAUUCGCGUACUUAAUAUUAAGGUUCGUGUUAUAGUGUGAGUUAGGGUUUUUCUUCAAGCUAAAGUCGGAUGAGGGUUCGUGUGCUAAUCGGAACAAAAACGGAAACCUAUGUUCGAAAAUUCAUUCAAUAGUAGUGAGGGUAGAACGGGUUUAUAUUUGUCAGCAAAUCGUCCAUAGCAGAAAUGUGGAUUAAACAUAAACAGUCAUCCUUUUCGAACAACGCAUGCGCACGACUAAUUCAGAAUUAAUUUCACUUAGGAAAAUUAGUGUAAAAUUCUCGUUAGUAUUCCCGCUUGUCACGCUUGGGACCUUUUCCACACCAAGGAGAGCAAUUUUGAAACGACAACACUUAUUCACGCUGAAAAAGUAUAUCUCCAACAACACUUUGCAGUAGCGCAAGCUGUUCACUCUAGCAAGCAAAAAUCGCUCAGGUAAAACAUGCUAAUUUCUUUCGACUUACCAAACAUGUUUCUUUGAAUUUAAACAAUGAAAAAGUAAUCAAUCCUAUCUAUAAAUUUAUAACCCAAAGCAAGGAAGCAAAGUCAUUUUACAGUCGAAUAAAGUAUAUUCUCAAACACGUUUACUCAAGUAAAAGCAAAGGCAAUAAUGUUCAUUGGUCUAAAUCAAAAUAGCCAUACGGAUACGUCUUGAACGUCUUCGGGUCUACCAUGCGCUUAUUAAAGACCAAUCUAUAAUUUUUGUACCGAGGAAACGUGUACAGCUCGUAGCGCUUCGCAUUUCGUUCAAUCUGAUAGGUUUUCACCACUUGGGUUUCACGCGGCUGUUCCAGUGGGUGUCGCACUUCUGCCAACACGUUCUUCUUCAUUACGUCAUAAUUUAACUGUUCGUGUCCUUCACUGUUCAAUGAAAUCCGCGCACUUUACAGCAAACUUUCCCUUUUUUAGUUGUGUACCCAUAAUUCUUGGGCCCUCCGGAGACAAUUCUGCAAUGUAGUAAUCUCCAUCGAGCCUACUUCCUACUUCCUAUUCUCCCAAGGAUUGACCGAGCUGAGGAUUGGGUUGACCCGGUUCGCUGACAAACAUAACUGAGUCCGUGUCAAAAUACAGACAGCUUUCUUGCGAUAAUUCUAAGGCUUCGUAGAGAUGUAAUCGCGCCCACCAGGUGGUGAAACAAGCCACAAAAAUAUUCACAUACACCGCUGGCAAAUCAUCUCCGUCUGUUUUCUUGAAGUAGACUUUCACCACAUCGUCCGUCACCACAUUAAUCGAUCCGACAUCGAUUUCGUCCGAGUCCAAAAACUCCGUCAGUUUGCGGUGUUCGGUGAAAUCUUUGAUUCGGGUCUUGUUGAGGGCUUAUCCGAACUUCCCCCACAUGUUGUUCAAAGAAAUCUUCACCACACUUCUUAAUCCAAGAUUAUAUUCCAUCUUGUCUGCUUCGAGCAGGAUCCCCUCAUUUGCAUAAUAAGCUUUGAUGAAGGCCGCUUUCUCUUCCGGUUUUGCGGUCCAGCUCGCUUCUUCGUUAAUCUUUAACCAUGUGUUGAUAUAGUCUCUGAAGAGAGCUGUUGGUCUUUCUGGGAAAUGCCACACUUCAUCGACAGACCACAGGUCGUACCCCAUUUCCAACGAUUUCAUAAUUUCAGGCGUACACCAUGUUCCAUGCAACACGCACUCCUCUUCCGUGUGAUGACACACCGCUAGUUUCUCGUUGAGUGGUUUGGCCAUUUCUUCUUGCACGCCGGCAGAGCUCCCCGAUCGUACCUAGGAUCCUAAAGCCAGUCUUUUUUGCAGUUGAGUACCAGGCCCCGCGAAUUGAUAUCCGCCUGACAAAUGAAACUCUCUGCCCGUUUUGGCUAAAAGUUUUUGAAUAUCCAAUCCUCUACCGCGCCGUCGUCUGAUACGGUUUUUUCGUCGCCCGUGUCUUGCGUGUACUUUUCGUUUGCUCGUCAUAAUCCAAUAUGCGUUUCAAUGGGGUGUUGUUCCAAGGUUCCCAAAUAUAAGCUGCUUUUAUUUUCUUGGAAGAGGGAGCUGAAGGCAAUACGCGUUUUUUACCGGUCACAGCGGAGGCAGGUGUGAACUGAAUGCUUGCCAGUUUGAGCUUGAGUUAAUAGGUUUUUUGAGAGAAGACGUACUUGGGUUAUCCACAGAGGAUGGUGGCCUGAUAGGCGAUAGCGGCAGGGAUGACGCAACGGAACUAGGAGUAACAGGUUCUUUCUUGACCAAUUUUUUGACUAAAUUGAGUAAAGGGCCUGAACUUAAAUCAUUGACUUCAUUGUCCUCCAAACUGAGGGGUAACGCGCUUUUUGUGUCCAAGUAUCUACUUUUUGACGUAAAUCACGUACCAUCGUCGCUUUUAAACCAUCGGGUAAAAUAGAAUUAAGGAUCGCUUCACGGUUGGCCACUUCCUUGGCUGCUUUCGCAAUGAUAUUGUUCUCCGAUAAGGAUUGUUUAUGUUUUUGAAUCAGAGCGUCCAACUCGGACGGGCUAACCAAACACUUUUUUUUCAAAACUCAUGUUGUUUCAAUCCAAUACAGUAAGGACAAAUAAUUACGACAGCUAGAACGUAUGAGGCGUAAGAGGUCUUGUUGCUUUGUCAUGUCAAUCAAUUGUUGUUGUAAUGUGUCAGUGGUUUUUUCCUGACAGGCAUUUUAUCCACCAGUUUGUUUGCUUUGGCUUUCAUGAGCGGGUUAGUAUACGUUUGGAAAAUCUAUUACGUCAUCGCGGGCAAGUCCAAUCUUGUUCAACACACUGUGUCAUAACCGGAACAUGAAUUAGUGACAAUGUUCCAAACAUGCGCUUCCAAAGUUUGCGCGGUGUUUUGAAUACGAGCUAGUGAUGUUAAAACAUGGUUGGGUAUGCAACAGCGCUGACAUUCUAUAGUUAGCACCAUCAAUAACCGUUUCAACACAGACAAAAUAGUUUGAAUUUCUUGCUCCAUCGUUUGUAUCUGUAAACAUGUCUCCGUCUUUUUUUCUAACAUUUCCAAUAAAAUGUUGACGACAUAUAAUAUGGACUCUAUUGUUUGAGACAUGUUAUACAUGUGGUUUUCGGUCCUGCCCAAAAGCCACGACCUAUUUGAUUCAUCAAGAGAGUGCGACGAGCUUUUAUAGAUUGACUCCGUUUACCCAACGUGUGUAACCUAGUGGCAAAAGGUUGUAACUGCUUUUUGGUGUAGUCAACGCCAGUAGACUUAAUGCAUUAAUUUGAUCUGCAUUUGCAUGUUGUAAGCGUUCUUGUCUAAGAUGAUCAUUUUUUUCGCGUAACACGCUUUGUAGAAAAGGACGUUGUCUCUGAAGUGGAUUCGCACUAAACGUUUAUAGUGGCGGACAUUAUCUCAGAUCCCUUUUAUAGCUUGUUUUCCUAAUAAAACCUCUAAUUUAGCAAAGGAGGGAGACGGUCCGCUUAAAAACAUGGCGGCACCUUCUAAAAUUUUAUUCGCAGUCCGAGGCUUACAUCGAUUCAAUGCUCCUACCUUUUGUUGUUUUCUCUUUAAUUUUUUUUAUCCCUUUUUUCGCAAGUUUUACACACGCUACCACUUUAGGUGCAUAUUUGAGACCUCACCGAACUCCUUUCAGUCGCCACAGUUGCAGCGGUAGCGAAAACUCGUCCUCUUACAAGGCGCAAAAUCCGUGAUUAAAUCUUCCACGGUUUGCUGUUUGAUUAAAAAUCCUGUCAAUUCAGUCGGUACAACCCCGCUAGCAAACGUACGUAAUUCUAUUAAGGUUUUUCAUGAUUGGUGUAAGCAAAGCGAGACAUUUCUUCCUUUCGGGCCGUGUUUCGAACAUCAACCCACCGUUUCACCAACACUCCAAGGGUUGUUAGCAAUGUCACCAACCAACUCAACCCUAAAUUAUUGCCAGCAAUCACACCACACAAGGUUAGUAACAAAGCUAUUCCAUUAAAACAGGCGUUGAUUUUCUUAAAAUGUUGAUAAUGUUUGCGACACCAAUAUUGACGAUGGUAAUAACGAAACUACUUUUCCAAUUCAAACAACAUCUCUUUAGGGGAUGGAUUGUGCGAAUAGUUCCAUUCAAUAAAGAGACAAGUAAUUUAGACAUGUAUUUGUUCAUAAACAAUGACGGGAAAAUCUUUGUCUAAGAUAUUAUUCGUCCACAACCGAUAGCGAUCGUCCAAGGCUGGAUGCAAAUCGAGCCAGAAAUAACCAAAAGGUUGCUGUGUCGCUUCUUGAAACAACGUCAACGCUUCUUGCCAAAGACUGGGAAAUGUUUGCAGUAAGACCGUUCUUAUACCUGUUUUGUCUCGUGGAUUUUUAAAGACUGCCAUAUAAUGGGUAUUUCGAUUCACGGUUUUAGCAUAUUUACCGGCCGGAAAAAGAUCUUGGAUCAAAUAACAGACCGUAAUGUUUGAAUGAUGUGAAUGUUUAGUAAAGAUAUCCACUACCAACUCGUCAUUCCCCCAAGAUCGCAUCAAAUCAUCGAUCACUAACAGACCCCUUUGCGUAGGAGUAAACCACGUUUUAAGAUCGUCUAACGUAGGCACCCCUUCACGAAAAUGAACCCCAUCUUGUUUUUUCAUCUCAUCAAACAAAGGCUGAUACGAGCCAUAACAAUAAUGUUGAUUAGGGGGGCACAGUCGAUGAAGCUGACGUAAUAAAUGUUGCGUAAAAUAAGUUUUGCCUCAACCGGAGGCGCCCGUAUUCAGAAUUCGAGUAGGGGCUCGUAUCAUAAUGUUAGUUGGUUUUAGUACAUACAUAAAUGAGCCCCCAUAGGUUAGGAACCUUCUUGAUAAAACUUUCACUAAUACGAUCUCUUAUAUGGCUUUCGGGACAAGUGUGAAAUAAAUAUGUAUGGAAGCCUGUCCAAUCGAACUGUUCAGCAUAUUGUCUCAAUUGUUUAUAAUGAUGAUAACCCCAGGUAUCCCCAAAACAAUCCUGAGGAUUUAUGACUGAAGCCCAAUAUUCCAUUUCUUUUAACAAUUGGAUGGAUUUUUGAACCGUAAGUGUGCACAUGAUAAAAUGAAAAGGGAAGGUGUGAAGACAAGGACUUAUAUACACACAAACGAAAGUUUACACUUUUUUAUUUUGACAUAUCGGACACCCAGGUCUUACAACAAUGUUUUCUAGUAACAAACCUAUUUUAUGAUCAUUGCUUACAAAAUCAUGAGAAGAAAGUUGUUCUAAAAAAUCUUGUAAUGACAAUCCUCUGGCUUUGACUUUUAAAUAAAGCAAAGCAUAAUGCCCACAGGCCGCACUGUUCAUGGCUUGAAUAGGUUGAUUGUUUCCAAUCAAAGUUUUUUUAGGAAUCCAUGCCUGCAAGUCUCUCGCUUCAUACAUGCUGACCGGUAACCCAUAACUAUCCAUGAUUUCACACACUUGAUUCUCCCACCAUAGUCCUAACCAAUGCUUCCCUGCUUCACUUUGAGGAUCUGUAUUCAAAAUAAGCGCUUUUUGACCUCUAGGUUUAGGUAAUUCAUCGGAGGCAUAGACACCUCCAAAGACUCGUUUUAAACAAGGAUCUUGACGCGCUAAAUCCAGUAAUGUUUGGGUGGAUAACGGAACAGUAUCCAUUGUUUAAAUCACACCUCCGCGAUGAUCCACUUCAAUCACUUGUUCAAACUCUCCAAAGACAAUAACUGUUAAAUUCUGGUUGACAGCAGCCGCAAACUCAAUUUCAAUUCUUACAUCACCUGUCUGGGGGGUUUCUAGGGGAUGAGUCGUCAUCGCCUGAAAAAGUGUACAAUAUCUUCCCUGACCUCUAUCUGAAGGUUUAAUCAUGGUGCUACCUCCUUUAAUAGUUUUGGCGAGAGUUAUGAGCAUGCAAUGAUAGCCUGCAUAAUCCUUGGCUUCAUCUGUUCCAUUCAAUUCUAGAGUAGAAUAAGGUCUUUCUUCAUUUCCAAUCAUUUGCUUUAUUCGAGUCAGUCCAAAUUUUUGGAAACAGAUGGGGUAAUACCCUAGAUCCCCAUUAAACGCCUCUGAAAGAACCAACCCCCACAAUGGUACGAUCUGAGGUCCUGCCAGGGAAAAGAUUCGCUUCCUCUCAUCUGGUGGUGUUUCCUGGGAAGGUUAACGUUCUGCUUUCACUGGUCGUGCCCAAAUACUUGAUCCAUUUGCCUUUCACACGAUAUUUGGCCAAACUGUUGUAGAGGGUAGGGUUUAGAAUAGGUCUGGACAAAUAGAGACUCACACUGAUAUCAUCAUUGGUAAGAGAGAUUUGUUUUUUAGCAGCAAUAUUGGUUCCCCACGGGAAGAAAUUAGGACUGUUUAAAUAAAAUUUCAAUCCUUGCUUGACUCCAGGUGCUAACAAUUUUCCUGUAUAAAACAUCGCUAGAUGAAGCCGAAUAAUCAAGGGCACAAGUUCAUUGCCGUUAAAUUUUUGGUGGCGUCUUUCAGAGCAAAGGACUCUGCAUGCUUGUAUCCAGUGUUGGUAAUUUUAUCAUCUGUACCACUUGUUCUGGUUAAGGAGGGUAUUAAUUUGGACUGAUUUGUCGCCCAUUCAAGGCCAUGGUCAUGUUUUUAAAGAUCGAAUGAGCCAAAUUAUUAACUUGGUAGACAUAUUUCGUUGCUGUGUUAUCAGAGGCAGCAUCAUCUCCAUCAGAACGUUCUGGUGUAGUGGCGGCGGUGUUCAGGCGUAGAUCAAUUUGCACAUAACUUUGAGUGGAUUCUAUAAUGAUGGGCCCGACUUCAGCAAUCACAUGUUCUUUUAAUCCACGACCAAACAUAGCUGGCGUGUGGUACCUUCGUAGACUUCCGCCCCGCAUCGGUGAGUGCGUAUGAAACUUAUGUUACGGAACGUUUGGAAUCUUGUGAUCAAGGCCAACUUUUAUACCUGUCUAAACAAGACGGUCAGGAAUGUUUUUCCUUGAUCCAACUCCACCAUAGAACCAUCAUUUUCUCGUAAAUGUGUUUCAGUUGUUUCCAGAUAAUGUUGCAAUCGGCAAGGAACCCUCUGAAUGUGUUUGGGUUCAUAGUAUAGGGUGCCUUGUUGCUGUCUAUUACAAUGGGCUUCCGCUAAAAGAUUUGGCUCUGAACCUAGUCGGAAUACACUAAUAUAAUGGACGAGGGACGAGUUACUGCUUCCUCAAAACAGGGAUUCAGAUUACAAAACACCUAAUCCACCAGCAAGGAAAUUUGAAGCCAUUGAUGUGAACUGACUUGCGUGGUGACCCGCUUUGCAUCUUGUCCCUAAUAAGGAGCGAGUUGUGUUUGAAUAGCGGUUUGCUCACUACUAUCGAAAUGCUGUUUUAAAUUUUUCAUCAUGAGCAUACCAGUGCUGACCUCCAAUAAACUCUGAGGUGUCAUAAACCCUUGACAUCCUAAUUGAAUAUUGCUCCCAACUUCGUGGAUACAAAAUUCAAAGACUAUAGGUUUUUGACUUGUGCUCAAUAGAGCAUUAUGUCUAUGACUAGUCGCGGGCAUACUAAGCGAGUAAAGCGCCACUUCCCAACCAUGCCCAGCCAAAUGUAAGGGGGUCGGUAGGUGUACUUUAAAAGAAUGGUUUUAAUUGUCAAAAUAUUCAGGCGUUUUAUCACUCACUAGUACGACACGUUGCAUGUUUGUAAAAAUGUGGUGUUGAUUGUUGAGGGUCCAUCGAUUUAAAAUUUUCUGAACACGAGAUUCACAAUGGUUUUACCCGCAUCCAAUUGAAGAAAUUCACCAUUGUUUUUCGCAAUUUCAAUUUCAGUCGUUUCCACAAAAUGCGUCCGACACGGUCUUUCACAAUACACUUCUCUCAACAAGUUAGGUUUCUGCUCUCCCAUUAUUUGACUUUGUAGUAAAUCAGAUUAGACUAAAGAGACGGUAGAGACUUGGGACACGGCUCUUUGAAACAGGCAUCUAAAUUUCGAAAGACCCAUUCCAUGGUAAGGGAAAGAUAGAAAUAAUUGCUCAACACUUUGUAGACUUGUUGUCGUCCAAAUUCUGUCCGUUGAACUCCGUUAUUUUGAUUAGUGGUGUCUUCAUAAGGUAAACGAAAAUAACAGUUUUCUUCCACUGGUCUGUAUGUGUUAUUUGUUACUUCAAACUACCCCAUUUUAACAGCAAAAUGUUCUUCAAUACGAAAUUCUAACCCACAAGCCUUUAUUUGGUUAUAGCUUUUACAGUGGAGUAUAAAUUCAUCCCUAUUCCAUCGGGCAGUAAUAGUAUCACUUGGGAAAGAAUAAUAUUGUCUACCCCUACUUGAAGGCGCAAAGUUUUGAUUCACUAAAUGUUGUUCGCUAUCGAUACGAUGUUUUAAGAUCGUCAUUAAAUGAAUGCCACUGGUUGCGAUACGGGCUUCUUGAUUCGGGAUAUAACCUUCCCAUUGUAAUACUUGAUUGUCGCUGAGUUGUCGACUACACCUUGUGAAUUGAAGCGGCCAUGUCACAUCAUCGUUGUGCAAUCUGAAGGUGUCUCUAUCAUGACAGUUUGGGAAAGUGAUAGAAUGCAAGGCCAUUUCCCACGUUCCGUUCUCUAACUGUAGGGGGGCUGGAAAACGUACUUUAAAAUGGUUCUUCUUGUUAUCGGGAGAUUCAGGAGUCGUACUAUUUUCUAACACAACACGUAACAUUUUUAUAUUAAAAAUGAUCUUUUAUACAACUGAGUCACUUUUAUUUAUACAAGAUCUGAUUUUGAAUCAAUGAAUCGUCAUCCCUACUAAAUCCCUUCCAGCGCACUUUGAGUUGAUGGCCUUUUCGCGCCAAGACUUUUUCAACCCGGAAUAAUUGAUCGUCUAUGUUGUGGUUCAAUUUUAUCCUUGGUUGAAAUUAUAUUUUCGUUUGUUUCAAACCCAUUAUCGUAUAUUACCAUACCCAAAAACAAAGGGAAAUAAAAUUUAAACCAAAGACAAAAUUGAACCACAACAUCUACAUUCACUUUCUGUAAUUCUCGUUUCUAAAAACUACCUUGAAUAGGGGUCCCGUUCCAUUCUGUAAUCUCUUAGGUACUGACCACCCCAGGAAUCACUUGACUAACUAAAAAGACUUCCUCGGUCCAUUGUGGCAAAUAGGAUUUAUCAAACACUUUUUGUUUUUUACUCAAUCGCACACGAUCCCCCACUUGAAAGAUAGGUUUUUGUCGCUUGGCCUUGAUCCGUUUUCCAUACAAAUUCAGCCACACUUGUCGUUCAUUCUUAGCAUUCACAUCUUUGGACGACAUUUUAAUACUUCGAUGAGUGGUAGAAUUAUAGCCUUUUACAAGAGCCGGUAAAACGUCUAAAUAAUGCAGUGUAUCAGCGGCAAUGAGAUAGCGGUAUAAGCGUUGUUUAAAUGUACGAUUGAACCGUUCCACGACAGCGGCUUUGGUGUCUCCUUUGGUAGAAAGUAAAUGAAUCUGAUGUUUUUUCAACAAGGCUCUAAAUGUUGCGUUUUUGAACUCAUGGCCGUUGUCGCUUUGAAUCGUCAAAGGAAUUUGUCCACUCUGUUUUAAUGCCUUAGCAAAAGCUUUGGUGACUUCUUCCGGAGACUUGUUUCUCAAAGGUACUACCCAAGCAAAUUUCGAAAGAACAUCAUUGACGCUUAAUAAAUAACGGGUCGUUUUAUUCCAUUUGGCCAGCUGACCCACUUCCAUUAAAUCAAAAACACACUGCUGAUUGAUAGAUAACACCAUCACAGGUUCCGUAGGAUAAUGGAGGCGGCGAGGCUUAUGCAACGUAUAACUCGGUAGUGAUUGCAAUAGUUGUUGCGCUUCUCGGGUGGAGAGUUUGUUUGCUUUCGCAAAGGGUCGAACCCCACCCAGACUUCCUGCUUGUUUCGGGUUUUCGUACUUCUGUUGACUUGAUUUCAUGGUGUGAUACAAUGACAGAUGAAUCCUUAUAGUCUGUUUUUAUACGUACAGCCAAAAGAGAAGGAAUCUGGUCGAGAAAAGAAUGUUGUAGAAUCAAAAACCAUAGAUAGCCUGCUUGAUACCCAUGACUCCUCCUCAACCAAUUGAUAUACACGAUAAAUUGUCCCUUAUUUGAUACACCCGUGGCUUGAAAUAGUUGUAUGGGGCAAUAACGUGCAGGAGGUAUCUUUAAUCCUUCAUCUUGAGCUACCCAUGUAAAGAUUCCCCAAAGAAUAUAAGACCUCAUAUUGAUUUAAAAUGUGUUUAUUACGGAUCAAAAACAACCCUAUUUAUAACAAACCGUUUUUUUUUUUUAUUUUAAGCUCUGACAUCGUUGUAUUUUAUCACUUUUAAUGUAUUAAAAACGUGCAGGUUCAAACAAGUUACGUCUAGAGUAAACUAAUUCUAUGCAUUGCUCUCGGCCCGUUUCUUCUCCGAAAUCACCAAAGUGAACGGUUUGAGCUUCUUUAUCCGUAGCUUGUUCUUCUAUUGUUCUGUAAAAAGAACAACGGCUGGAAGUAGGUUGGACUUCUUUUUCCAGUAAGAAAUGGUCAAUCAGACGUUUCCGGUGUCUUUAGGCUUCCGCAAACUGACCGCAUUCCUGUGCAUACUUCAUAUAAUACCCCUUUAAGGCUUGCUAGGCUACAGGAGUUCUACCGAGACCUUUUUUGAUGCUCAUAAGCGGGACGCAUGCAUUCUUGAAAUCUAAGCCCUUGGAAAUGAUCUGGACUACAGAUUGAAUUUAUACAAUUCUCUACAACCACGAAUCCUUCUUCUCGUAAGGGCACUUUGAAUUCUUCAAUGGGUGGGAAACAGAAUAAACCACUGUCCACAGCAGGUACUGUCUUCGGUUCUUUAGAACUCAUGGAGAUAGGUUGUAAUAAUUCUUUGUCUUUAGGAUGAAGAGAGCUGUCCACCCAUUGGAAAAAUCGACUGUUUCCAUCUAGUGAGGUGAGAAGCACUCUGUUCUUGUUUUUGGCAGUCCGGCUCAUUCUCAGGACGGUUUGGGUGCCAUCCACAUCUUUCAACUGGUUCCAUUGGCCUCGUACUUCUGGAUGAGUGUAAUUAUUACAGAAUUUGAGUAUUUCUAAUAUACUUCCUCCCUCAGCAAAGAUGUGACUGGGGGCAAUAAAAAUACCCUUUUAAAUUCUCUUCACGUUCAAGGUUUCUUGCGGGUAAAAUGGACAGAGAAGGAGUGAAUAACUAAGAAAGAGAAGUCCAAAGACUACUGCAAAGCUGAUUCAAAACAACGUGUAUUGUUUUUUAUAACAACAUUUCGGCUGGCCAUACCAGCCUUCUUCAGGUUUUCAGAUAUUACUGAACUUAUCCGGCAAUAACAACAUUAUAUAGAUGGAGAAUGUUGCAAUAAAAGGAAGAGGCGGAAAUGACGUACAACAUAAAAAUACUAAGGAUAUGGAUUACAAUAAUUCGUCACGGCGGUUUAGGCCAUGAGGUUCAAGAGUCAUGGCCUUAUCUAUCAAAUGCGACUCCCUGGCCUUACGAACUGAGUCACGUGAAGAAUGAAUUUUCUCUAGUGGGAUUAACUGCAUGUCAGUAUGAGAAUGGCUAGAGUGAGAGAAAAAGUGUUCAGAAACAGUAGUGGGUUUAGAUUUAAUGUUAGAUUUGUCGGCUGCACGUCUGUGUUCGUUAAAUCUGUCCUUGAUACGUCGCUUAGUUUCACCUAUAUAUUGUAAACUACAAGGGUUACAUUGAACCAUGUAGAUCACAUUUUUAGUGUUACAAGUAAUGUGUGAAGUGAUGGAGCGUCUUUUACCUGUAGCGUAAAAGGUAUAACUUGUGAGGCCGUUAGUAAUGUAUGGACAAGUGGCACAAUUCUGUCCACAACGGAAGGAGCCUGGCGGAAAAUGAUUGGUGAAGAUAACGGGUAGUUGUGCUUUAACUAAGAGGUCACGAAGAUUAGAGCUACGUCUGUAAGCAACAAAAGGCGGUUGCUUGAAGACGUCUUUGCAACGGUUAGAGGAAUGUAAGAUGUUAAAAUGUUUGCGUAGGGUAUUAGAAAUGGGUGGAAGUGCUGGGUUAUAUGUGACAACAAAUGGUACAACAUCGUUAGAAGCUUUGGGUUUAGUCUGUAACGCGUUAGUACGAGAAAUAUUAGCAGCGCGUAGGAACUGUUUUUCUAGGAAAUUAUUAUUAUAACCACGAGCAAGGAGAUAUGUUUUAAGUUUAAUGCGAUGUUUAAACUUAGCGUCUGUAGAGCAGAUACGGCGGAGGCGGAGGGCUAAGCGGAACGGAAUGGCUUUCUUAGUGUGGUGAGGAUGACAUGAUGAGCUGAGAAGGUGCUGAUGUUUAUCAGUGGGUUUAGUAAAUAGAUCAGUUUCAAUUAUACCGUUAUGUAGAGACACGAUGACGUCGAGAAAAAGAACGUUAGUAAGUGAGCGACAGCUAGUGAACUUAAUAGUGGGAUGAAUGUUAUUGAGAUAAUCGACGAAUAUUUUCGAUCCGAACCUUCUGUCCAGAUCAUGAAAAUAUCAUCGAUAUAUCUCCACCAUGUGUGAGGCUGCCAAGAGGCGUUAGUGAGAGCGUUGGUUUCGAACAUACCAAGAAAAAGGUUAGCAAACGAAGGAGCCAUUUUAGUACCCAUAGCAGUACCAUGGAUUUGAAGAUAAUGCUGUUGGUUAAAUGUGAAAUUAUUCAUGGUGAGAAUCAUGCGUAAGAGAUCACAUAGUGUCUCUGUGGGGAUGUGUUUGUUAGGGCGGGUAUCAAGAAAAUGACGGCAUGCAUCAAUUCCUUGAUUGAGUGGAAUGUUGGUGUAGAGCGAUGACACAUCAAGAGUUACAAGAAUAGCGUUGUUAGGUAGGUUACCGAGGUUAGAAAGUUUAUUAAGGAAGUCAGUAGUGUCUUUAAUGUGUGAAUCCAAGGGACUAGUGCACCCCCUCCUAAAAAAAAUCCUGGAUCCGCCCCUGGGAUGUCAUGUUUAAUGGCGUCUACGUACGUGUUAAGUGCAGGGUCUCGAUCAGUAGGAGGCGUCCAUGAGCUUUUGUUAUCAAAUGGGUUGUGUUCGAUAGGUUGAGUGCUGUUAUUGUGAUCAUGAAAAUAUUAUUUUAAACGCAUGCGUCGCGUGAAGUCGUUAAUAUCAGCAGAUAAUUCUGCCAAAUUUAUACGUUUAGGUGUGGCGCAAAAGGUUAAGCCGCGACCGAGGACCAAUAAUUCGUCAUUAGAAAGUGGAGUUUGGGACAAAUUAAUAACAGAGGUGGUGUCGAGAUUAGUGGUUUUAUGGGUUUUACGAGGUUUGCGUUUACGGCGAUUGCGUGUUUUGCCAGCCUGUGUAGGUACGGUGGGUGAGGGUGUAGGUGUGUUAUUGUUAGGGCGUGAUGUUUGGUUAGUGAGGUGAUUUUUGUGAGCACGUCACGUCCAAGGCCAUUCUGCGUUACAAUGUUCUGCUAAACGGUUCUUGUAAAAUGUCAGUUCCUUUCGUAAAUGUUUGAUCUUUCUUCUCCAUUCCUUGGUCAGCAGGAUAAGGUGUCUGCGGGCGGUAAGGCGGCAAAUGUUUCUCCAUUGUUUAUAGAACCAAAAGUUAUUAGUGUCAAAGGCUGGAAUGCAUCGCGGUAGUAAGCUUUUAGGUAUAAUGUUGUUAGCAGAGUAGAAAUCAUAAUUCUUUACAUGGUGCGGAUAACGGAUUAGCUUGAGUUGAAUCCGUUUGGUAGUGUUGAAGAGGCUUGAAAACUGAGGUGUAGAAGGUGUUGUGGGGCCAGGAUUUGAUUCAAUAUCCAUGCAGAUAGCAUCGAGUGACGAGAUGCAAAAGAUCACGGUAAGAAAAAUCAUGACCCAAGAGAGUUUCGUGGAGGGAGCAUAAUGUUUCGCACAAUUUCCUAGCGUAGGUGUGCAGUGACUGCUGGCGGCUUUCGGCGAAAAAACACCAAUGCAGAGUCUCCAUGAAAUAAUAUUGAUGCCCAUGAUGAUUUGAUGGCAGCAGGAAAAACGGAUCUGUUGAAGACCUACGGCUUAAAAUGUUUUUGCAGUUUAUUUAAUCCUUUAUUAAGGAGUGAAUAGGCUCCUGCUGGUUCUGCUGGAGUAGGUGGUUCUGUGGGAGAAGGACCGGGGAGGGGCUCUCUCUGAAUCCCUUGAUCAAGGGUCUUCUCUGUUUGGGUAGCCUUAACCAUUGUUCGUGCUGCUUGAAUCAUGUGGUUUAAUGCUUCUUCCAUUUCCAAGCCUUCUUUCUUCUUUUUCUUAACUGCUUGACAGGUUGACUGAGAGCAAUAAAAAUACCCUUUUAAAUUCUCUUUACGUUUGAACUUCAAGCUAUCUUGCGGAUGAAAUGGACAGACAAGGAGUGAAUAGGCGUCUGCUGGAUCUGCUGGAGUAGGUGGUUCUGUGGGAGAAGGACUGGGGAGAGACUGUCUGAAUCCCUUGAUCAAUGGUCUUCUCUGUUUAGGUAGCCUCAACCAUGGUUCGUGCUGCUUGAAUCAUGUGGUUCAAUGCUUCUUCCAUUUCCAAGUCUUCUUUCUUCUUUUUCUUAGCUGCUUCUGUCUUCUCAGAGAUGUCACGUUUUUUAACCAUCUUGGUGUUUUGAUACUCUACGGUAACGUCGCGAUUUUUGUAGCGAUGCCCUAUUGUGUAUAAAACCAGUUACACCUGCUUUACUUGUUUUUUUCUACUUGCCCAAACCUGCUUUAUGACGUCAUGCACAAUGCCCUUGCCCAAACUUGUCCUAUGAUGAUAAAAGCCAAGUGGUUACUUUAUUGGCGCUACAAAUAUGACAUGUUCCACUUGUCUCCUAGCUUCAGGCUAUUCACAAGAUUAUUUUCAAUAAAAUUUCCCUUUGGUGAAUGUGUUAUUCAUCGCUUUCGAUUUAUUUUUUUUUUUAACUCAAGGAUAUCCAGGAUCUUUUACAGCAAAAGUUUACCUAUCCUAAACUACAAUUGUGUGAUUAUUGUAGGCGAGCCCAUUAUUUACUAUGGCUGAAAAAACGACUACCCUUCUUUAUUGUUUUGGACGAAGCCAGAAAAUGAAUCGUAUGGCGGAAACGUAUGGAACAGAUAUUGGACUAUGUUCUCUGUGAGUAUUGUGAAGAACCAAUGCAUGAAGCUUAUACGAAAGGAGACGUAUUGAGUUAUGUUUCUGAUCGCUGUAAUACAGAAAAUGUUUCCGGUAUGAGGUGUCGUGAUUCCAGCAAUAUUUUUCAGGACACAGACUGUGAAGAAGGAAAUGAUCGCUAUCCCUUACCAAUUGAUCAAGUGGCUAAACUAAAGGAAGAGAAUGAACGGUUGAAAAUAUAGAACCAGUUUUUUGGUUAUUAACUUUAACCAUAGUUGGUCCUAAAGGAACCGUCGGUAGCUCCUAAAAAGAGCUGUUAAUUUAUUUUUCCAGAAAGGCGAGCAUUUCGAUCAGGCGAUUCUGUUCAGCUAUACACUUUCUCAACAGGAGUUCUCUUGAAUGCUUCAAAUGUUUAUUAUGGACUCCUGCCAGGAAAUUUCUAUCUUACCGUACCUUUCCAACGAGGGGCCGCUUGGAUUCUACGGGUGUAGAAUCCACCAAACUAUUGCCGGGUAGAUCUCACUCGACUUCUUGAAGGGCUUUUUCCAGGAUAGCUUCCAUGAUGAACAUCUGAUGAGUAGAGAUGCUCUUAGUCUCUUUUUAUAGUGUUUCAUUUGCAUGCGGUACAUGGUAGUAAAUGAGACAGCCGCGUGAACCAUGAAGUCGGUGCGCCAAGGUAAAAAUACUUCAUCGCUACUUCACCGCUUUGACGGUAAAAACUCCGUCGGCAACGUUUAUUAGCUUUUUACCGCUCUGUUUGGGACGGUAAAUUUGAUAUCUAAACAAACUAUCACUUCAAAAAGUAAGUUGUUUAUAUGUUUUUGAUCAGAGCGUUUGAGAAGAUAUUUUUUCGAGUGAAAAAAAUGACUUUAACUCCUUGCUUUGGCGUUGUUUGAAUUCAAAGAAAGUGGUUGUUAAGUCGAAGGAAUUAGCAUGUUUUGCCUGAGUGAUUUUUGCUUGCUAUAGUGAAUUGCUUGCUUGCGUUGCUGUGUGAACCACUUUUGAUUUGAAAAUAUACUUUUUCAGCAUGAAUUAGCGUUGUUAUUUCAAUUGCUCUCCUUGGUGUGGAAUAAGUCUCAAGCGUGACAAGCGGUAAUACUAGCGAGAAUUUUACACUUAUUUUCCUAAGUGACAUUAAUUCUUAAUUGGUCGUGCGCAUGCGUUGUUCGAAAAGGAUGACUGUGUAUGUUUGUCCCACAUGUCUGCCAUGAACGAUUUGUUGACAAAUAUAAACCCGUUCUACCAUGACUACUAUUGACUGAGUUUCCGAACAUAGAAAUACCGUUUUUGUUCCGAUUAGCACACGAACCCUCACCUGACUAUAGCUCGGAGAAAAACCCUGACUCACCCUAUAACACGAACCUUAACCCUAAGUAUGCGAAUCAUGCGCGGUAUUACCUUUCUCACGCUUUUACUGGAACAACCAAAACUUUCUGUACCAUUUGUUUGGAUUACCAGUGCCAGGAUUCCUCUCGAGAGAAAGCGUGAAAUUUGCUGGUAUUUUGUAAAUGGCACAAUACAAUCCAAUUCCUGUUUCGAUGCAAAAAUAUUAGCAGUACCAUUUGACGGAAAAUUUUCACCGAAAUUUCCGUAUAAAUGGUAAGCGCUCGAGAUUAAAAGGGCCAACAUGGCCAGCGUGGGACAGCUGUGAACCAGCAAUACCCAACAAAUCACACUCGAAAUAUUUCUUAACAAACCGACAAAGACAAGACAAAACUGGCAGCUUUUCCUCUCGUGUUUUGUUCCGGCUUUGUUUUAUAGGUGCUUACAUCCGGGGUUUACAUCCGAUUUAACAUCUUUCUCUCCCUUAACUAAUUUUACAUCUUCAGGAACUUUCGCACUAGGAAAAUAUCUCUCACUUGUUUUCUUUAAAAAGGAAUCUGAUGUUUGGAGGACAUCGGCUCCUUUUUUUACCGUUCUUCACAUAUAGAUAACUUUAAGGUGACCCGAACCUAUUUACAUGCGCUUUCGUUAUGUUUUUGUAUGGCGUUUUCGGUAGGAAUGAUUUAACCGAUGUCCAUGAUUUUUGGCAUCCUUAUUAACGAGUGGUCGAACUUGCUUAACUUUUUUUAAAGCAUAUGCCGAUAUCUCAAACGUUUCUAUACCUAUAAGAAAAUAAAUAGCAUUUUCUUAAAGUUCAACUAUUCUUUAUUAACGAUGCCAAAAAUCAUAGAAAUCGGUUUAAUCAUUCCUGCCGAAAAGCCCGAUUCAAAAACAUAACCAACGCGCAAAUAAAUAGGUUCGCACCACCUUAAAGGUGAAUUCGAUGGGAAUAGUUGAUGCUCAUUAUCAUUAGGUUCUUCGCAUGCGACAGAACUUCGUGUGUUGAUAUAUUUCCUUAUGUUGUUUUUUUAAGGCUAGUGGUGCAACUGCCAUAAGAGCAUUGUUUACCCUGCUGAACAAGGAAAACAAACCUGUUAUAUUGCUUGGACCAUCCAACACAGCUGCCCUGGAACCCGUUGCAGAGUCGGCAAAACUAUGGAAACUGGUUCAGGUUUGGACAUCAACUUUAUUGUUAUCAUCACGGAUGUUAAUGUUUUCUGUGAUGAGGCAAAAUGAAUAAAAUAAUCAAUCAGUAGAUGCUUCCCUCUAAUGUUCCCAUUAUGAUACUUGGGGUACUUUGAGUGCAGUGAGAUAAACGAGCAAGAUUUUCUUAUUUAUUUCUCUAUUGAUUGAUUCAUUUUACUAUUACGCUGGAGUACGAGAAUAGUUCGUCUUCGGCUCGCAAAUGUAAACGCCAAUACAGAUAUCCCGCUUUAGAGCGUUUUCACAUGACUUCACGGCGACGAUAUUGGUGUUCCAGAACAAUGAAACGGCGGCCAUGUUAGUGUUCCAAAGCAGUCCUCUGCGAGUUGACUUCGUUCCUCGCGCAAGCGCAUUCUUUUGUAAUUCCAGUAAAUUUGCAUAGAUGCUGUUCACGUGAGUGAAGACGCUCUGUGUAUUGUCGUAUUCUUUAUAAAUCAUUAGUUAGGUUAUUUUAGUUAUUUUAUGUUGUAAGAACAGAGUCAUACGCUCCGGUCGUUUCUGCGGGUAAUCGCUCUUGCAAAAGCAAAAAGGCGUUAAAUUAAGAUUUCCUUCUUCCCGUCUUUCAGGUUUCUUAUGCAUCAGGUUCGCCAAAAUUUGAAAGCAGGCGGAUUUACCCGAACACGUACCGUGCAGCUCCGUCCUCGGCUUCAUUUAGCAAAGCAAAGGCUGCCUUCAUAAAGUACUUUGGAUGGAAGAGAGUAGCCAUACUGCACCAAUACGAUCCAGAAUUUUUUUCUCCUGUACAGUACUAUUUUUUGUUUUAAUGUUUUACGUAAAUUUCGAUUGUAAGUAUGGACGUUAAGUUUCCACAGUAAGUGCACUACUGCUUUUUAACUGUGCAGCGUGAAAGCAGAAUUGGCAUUUCAACGGUUUUCUCCUUACACCUGCCUUGCAAAUACUAUUUCCUGGCGCAGCUCUUCCAUUAUGCACUAUGUACAGAGCCAAGAAAGUACAAUUUAGCAGCCAACGAUUCUACGAUACGACUCAGCCAAUAGUUCAUGACAGUCGUAAGAACGAGGAAUAUUUGAUGUACAAGAUGCAAUAUGUGCAGUAGAGUGUACCAAGCUCCACUAGGUUUCUAUAAUGCCAUUAUCCCGACGAAACAAUUCACUCAACGCGGCAAUUUCGACGCUUUUUAUCGGGUAAUCUCGGUACCUAACAUACGGUCUACAGGGGGAAGAUUCUCUUAUCUUCAGAGACCCAGCAAACGAUACACAUUUAGUUCCAACAACUGCGCGGCAUAGUUGAGGAAAAUGCAUUGGAUUUGUAUAGAUUUACAUGCAGCUCAUACUGGACCUCUGGUCUUUACAAGUUUUUCUCCUGAGAGCACUACCUCGUAAAAUCGUCCAGCCCCAAAUUCUUAAUUAUAAUCCCGACUUACGUUCCUUUUUUUUUUCUCCUUUUAAACUCUAAUGCUCUCAAGGCAGACUUGGACUAGACGCAUAAGAUGGGACAAACCAAAAUAAACCAUACACAUCGACCCAUUGUCUGUCUGACUAACUGACUGAUUUAUUUAUUGUUUUGUUUGCUUGUUUUUUGCACAGACAGUGGAUAAGUUGAAGAUCGCACUUGUGAAGAGCAACAUUAGCAUCAUUGCAAUUGAAGGUUUUGAAGAGCUCGGCGAUGUCAGUUUUCAGAUGGAAAAACUCAAGGUUAUUGAACUCCUAGUCAUCAGUUAUUCAUUUUAGUUAUUUUUUACAUUUUCUGGCUCUAGAUUGCCACUGCCUCUUAGCUUCUUCUCAAAGCUGGUGUCUUUUUCCUUUUUUAAUUAGAAAUUGGAUGCUAGAAUAAUUAUCGGAGAGUUCAGCCACGUCGGUGCAAGGAAUGUUUUCUGUGAAGUAAGUAAUGAAACAAAGCAGAGAAUGAGCUUUAUCCUGAUUUCUAUUUUCAGUCUUCAAUGCUGACCUGACUUGACUCAUGACUCGUUGACUCUAGCCUGCGUUGCCGAGACAGACUUGUCACUAGAGUUCUCUAUCUGUGUCUCGAAUCGGGAAAAUAGACUGUCUGCAACGCAGGCUAGUUGACCCACGUGACUAUUAAAACAAAAUUUCUCGCAUUAAUGCCCACGAUUUAUCAUGUUUUGUCCUUCUCAGACCUUUUAACGGUAUAAAACGAAAAAGUAAAGAGCUAUGAUGUUUUGUCUUUUUUUCUGAAAAAACUAAAACCUUCAUUUAGCUGUGUUACAUAAAACUCUAACUCAUGAAAUUUUUAUAAUGCAGGCCUUCAAAAGGAAGAUGUAUGGACCGAAUUAUGCUUGGAUAAUAUUUGGUGAAUUCAGCCCUACAAAAAUUUUCGCUGAUGACUGGAAACUUCGAAACAGUGUUUUGAGAGAUUGUUCAAGUAACGAGCUAAAGGAAGCAACAAAUGGUUACAUUUCCACCAUCAAGCUGGACAUUCGUAAGGACAAUAACCAAACCAUAUCCGGCUUGGUACGUUGACUAGUACGUUGAUAGAGGACAUUAACUAUUGCGUAAACGUUUCCCUUGCUUUGCGGCACUGUAGCUUUGAAGGGUGAAUUCUGCAGGUACGAACACCAUCAUGUUACAUAAAUGCAGUGUUUCUUUGUUGGCACCGCUUUUCGCUCAAAGGACGGUGGGAUGUUAUUGAGAAGACUACCUUUUCAAGUUCUAGCUUUCUUUGCAUUCAAAAAAACAGAACUUUCCUAAUAAAACACCAGUUCUGGGACGCCAUUUUUUUUCCUGUUGUUGUCGUUAUCAUUGUCACAUUAACGUUACUUUUUCAUGUUUCUUAAGACGUCUGAAAGAUUCUGGUGGCAGAUGAGGCAACUGAACGAGCACAACAAUCUGAGAAAGGACUCUGCGUACGCCUUCGAUUCAGCAUGGGUAAUAGCCAUGGCACUGGAUUCCGCUUUUGCUAAAGGGAUGAAAUAUGAGAAGCUUUUAAACCGAAAAUUCAAGCACGUUGCAGCGAUAAGAAGUGGUAUUCAAAACAUAAACUUCGCGGGAUUAACUGUAAGUAUAACCUACGAUAACAUGACAGAUUUUGAAUUAAGCGUUUUAUCAAUAAGCAUUAUGCUACACGUUCUUUAAAGACACAGAAACAGAAAAAUUGUUUUGCGUGCAGGCAAAAGCUGCUUUUAAAUAAUAAUAUUCUUCAGUUGUUCUUAAAGAUUCUAGUACAUUUAAGAUAGAAUUUAGUAUUUUUUGUUGUACAGGGGCCUGUAGGUUUUGAUGAAAACAGAGAAAGAGUUGGAACAGUUCUUAUUAAGCAAAAUAGAGAAGGUAAGCUGCUCUGUAAGGAUAAUGGUUUCUUGUAGGAAAAGUGCUUGGAAGAAGAAUUUCCUGUAAAAACGACAAGAUGAGUUAUGAAGAAAUACAUUUGCAUCUGCAUUUGUCUCAAAAAAGGCACCAUUUUGUCAAAAUAGAAGUUGCAGUUGCAGUUGUCUCAAAAAAGGCACCAUUUUGUCAAAAUAGAAGUUGCAGUUGCAGUUGUCUCCCAAAAUAACAAACACAUUGAAAAUACAUUAACUUACAGGACGUUACGAGAAGACUUAUAAUGUGCAUUUAAAAAAAAUUCUAUAAAAUAUUUUUUAUACAUAUUUUUUUCUCAUUGUAAUAUUUAUAAUCAUAGUCGUUUCAGUUUAAGUUUUAGUUGAUUGCCAGCACGUUAUGUGAAUAACAGGUAAGGUUUUUGUUGUCCUUUUUUAGGAAACGAAACUAAGAUUGGUCAACAUUUCACCUCCUCCGACGAACUCCAUCUAUUUGAAUCUGAGCGAAAUAAGAUAUGGGAAGGUAAUAAAUGUUUCCGUUGCACUUCAAUGUCUUAUCAAAAUAUCGAAAUUGCAGUCACUGAUGAUGACGACGAUAAUGAUGAUGUAAUGACAAUAAUGAUAAUGAUGAUGAUGAUAACAUUGACGUUGGUGAUUUAAUAGAUCUAUUUGUACCCAAUUAAAAUCUCCCGGGGAUAAGAUUCUUUGUAUAUUGCAUUUGCAUUGUAAUGUGGCAUUCACAUUUAAAUGAUAUGGAAAUUCCUGAAACAAAACGUUUUAUUCCCAAAGGGUUUGAAUUGGGUACAACAUUGAGUUAGCCGAAUAGGUAUAUGAAUAAUCGAUUAACAUGUCGGUAGAUUCUGUUGGAAAUAACCGAAGCUGAUAUAGUGUACACUCCCUCGAGUGCCUUUUUAUUAUUGAAGCGCCUUCCACUUGCCACGUCGUCUGGUGUCCUGUUUAGUUCCUUGAACAAUCUGCAACUCUAAUUACAUUCUAUAAUUUAUUCAUCUGAUGUUCAGUAUUCUUUGCUGUCUCUCCAGUUAAAUGUACACAUGAGUUUAGGACACAGUCCGUUCAGAGUCAACGAUAAUAUGCAUGAGCAUAUGGGCUCCCCCAAAUUUAGGACUACUCAGAUUUUUUGGGCAGCAAGGGAAAUUUGGGCAAAGUCAGUUUUUAAAGAUCCGAAAACCUACCAUGACAGCAGAGCUUUAAUGACCGCCAUUUGUGACUUGGAGUUUAUCUUCGGACUGUGUGUGCUGAAAGUAAUCCUGAGCAACAAUAGUAGUCUGUGCAAGGUUGGGAUUGUGAGAAUUCUGUCAGAUGUGCCAUUUUCCAGGGAGGGAGAGAUUUACUAGAUCUUACUAGACGUCGCUUAAACUCUCUCCAACUAAGUUUAUAACAUUGUUACUGGCCAAAGACGUUUCUGUUGCGUGCCCAUAUAUAGUACUACUCGAAUUUUGUUAGAAACGGCCUUUAUCUAUGGAUAAUCAGUUGCUGACCUGCAGCUUGAGCUGGGGCUAUGAACGCCUGCUACGGUGAGAUUUCUCUAAUUUCAAGCAUUGUUCUAAGCAAUUACUUAAUGCCAAAGUAAGCAGAGUAAAGGUCUCCAUUGUUCCAUGUUACAAAAAACGCGGUCCGGUGGUUUUGGUUUUGGACUCUUUUUGAUUUCAUCUUUUGCAUUCCUUCUUCAGACAAUCGACCACCGAAGGAUCACACCAGCAGAAAAAUUGAGCUGAUGAUGAGUCCCUUACCACUUAUCGUCAUAAUGUGGUUCAUGGCAGCGAUCGGCAUCAUCUGCUCGUUGAGCUUUCUAUAUUUUAACAUUAGUAAAAGCAAAAACAGGUAGGACUUUAACCUUGCUGUUUCUGACCUUAUCCAAUACAAAACAUAUUCUCAAGCAAAAGCCUUUUUAAAUGGUUUCCGAUCUCUAACCACAUCUUGCAUUAAAUAUAGGAGCUCUUUGCUUAUUAACUUAUUUUGAUUUUUUCAUUUUGUCAGGAUAAUCAAGAUGUCGUCGCCUAAACUUAACAAUAUUAUUAUUGUGGGAUGCAUCUUGUGCUACGCCUCCAUUGUUUUGUUGGGUUUGGAUGCGAGGUUUCUCGAUUUGCAAGGUUAUGGUAUCAACUGCAACGUAAGGAAAUUUGGUCCAAGAAAAUCAGUCAUAAAGUAGAAAACAUAUUCUGCAAUGCGGGAAUCUGUCUUCACGAUGCAUAAUGUGAUUGUUAAUUUUGACGUUUAGAAGAGAGCGGCUCGCAUAUGAUCCCCUUUGAAAUUGCUUUUACAGCCCGCUUAUUAGAAUUUUCAUCUCGACCGUGUUUCGAACGGACUGAGUAAAAUCAAACGGAAAGAAGUAUCAAUUGAAGUACUAAUCUGAAUGAAUGGUUUGUACUAAUCAUCAGGUUAUGAAGCUUUCAUAGUUUUAAAAUUUUGCAUCGGUUUUUUUGCUUACUAACAGGUGAAUACUUCAGUAUUCUCUAUUGGAUUUUCUCUAUCAUUUGGUGCUAUGUUCAGUAAGACUUGGAGAGUAAACAAGAUAUUUACCGCAGCCACGGUUAACAAGAAAAUGGUACGAUGAUGGUAUGAUGUGGGAAACAUUUAUCUUCCACCCUUCUCGAGCGCUCAGACGUUUUCUCAAUCGGGCAGAUUUGAGUAUACAUACUUCAUAGUUAACGGGCGGCGCUUCUCAAGUGUCGAAUGCAUUAUAAGUUACCUUUAGGGUCCUGUGGGAUUCAUAAUCGAUGCAAGAUAUGUGUUUCAGUUUCAAAGCGCUUAUACUAUCGUUUUUAAAGAUAUAUAUCAGACGCGGAUCUAUGAUUAAACGAGUGCCGAAGGCGCACGCUUCUAGGGUAUCCCGGGGGCAUACUCCCCCGCGAAAGUUUUUGGAUUUUAACUCCCUAAAGUCCCUAUUUCCUGGGUUUCUGAGUCCUUCAGACGGGAUAUUUCACAAGUGAUUUUCCAGCUGAAAAUCUCAUGGCGUGUCUUAUGCCCGGAAAUUGGGAAAAAACAUUUUCUAAACCAUUUUCCAGAUUUCAACUUGGAAAGUUUUUUUAUAAUAAAGUAUAUUUAUUAUGAAAAAUCUGACCGAUUUCCGUAAAACGGUAGCCUGCGAACGGCAGACGUUUCUUCUCGCUCAUCGCCGCUGAGGGACGUUUCGCGAAGAGGAAAGACGUUCCUCCUCGCGAAACGUUCCUCAAUGGCGAUAAGCGAGGAGAAACGUCUGCCGUUCGCAGGCUAGUAAAACGAUGGAAACCAGUGUGAAUCCGCGCCUGUAUUAUCCCCUUAAGUCCCACAAUCCACUUACAGAUUCUCGAGACUGAUCUCCAUACAUUACCUUGAGGAAUACUUUUAAGCAACAGAAAACGUUUACCGUGUUUGCAUAGCCUGAUAUAAACACGAGAGGGGUUGGGAGAAUUCCAUCCUCGGAAACCCAGGGGCUGUCAGUCGGGCCGGGUUAAAAGGCGCGACGAAAGUGUGCUUGAAAACUUUUGUGCGCCUUUUCUCCCGGCCCGACCGACCGCCCCUGGGUCUCCGAGGAUGGGAGAAUUCGAGACACUUAUGCAAACCCUCGACUUCGUCUCGGUUUUGCGUAACCGUCGAGAAUUCUCCCAACCCCUCGAGUGUUUAUAUCAGGCUAUGCAAACACAGGAAAAAAGUUUUCUAUUGCUUUUAUAAAAUAACUUUCCCGAGAAAAAAUGCAAAACUAUCUUGUUUAAACCAUUGAUUAAAAUAGAAAUUGUUACCAGUCGCGAAGUCUUGCACACCAAGAUUGUACGCGUAAUCAGUCUUUGUUUUCCAAAAAAAAGAUGCUUUCCAAAAUACGGGUUUUUCUCGCUUAAAAUGUCAGCUCAAGAAAAAAUAAAUUGACCCAGCAUGUUUCUAAAGAUAUGUCAAGUUUCAACCGACGGGGAAAUAAAGUAAACUUGUACAGUUUUUCAACUCAAAACCUUUUUUAAAUUCGUGCUUGCGUGAUUAGCGCGCGAAAAGCAAAAGAUCUUAACGUCACAACCAUGUUUACAUAUUCUCAUGCAAACACGCCUCUCGGCCAAUCACAAAGCGCGUACUAUCUUAGAUAUUUUAUAAAUGUCUAUCAGUGCUCCUGAUGGCUUCACGAAGAAGGGUCAUUAAACCCCUUUGAGCCUUCCCCUUGGUCUGCUACGGCACCUUAUAUGUAGUUCCUGUUUUCUAGGUACUUUUUUUCAAGUGUAGUUAAAAGUAGUGGAAAUAGCAGGGUGGGGCUGGGUUAGUGGCACGCGGUCUCUGGCUACUUUGACUUUUUUUUGCUUGGUGUAAAACGUAAUCAAGUUUCACGUGCUUAUUAUCACAGGCUAUAAAGGAUCGUCAUCUUCUCGCCAUUGUGGUAGCGUUAUUAGCAGUGGAUGCAGUUUUCUUAUCCUGUUGGAUUAUCAUUGACCCUCUCCAAGCUGAAGAGUUGAAAUUUGAAGAACUGGUAAAAUAAAAUCCCUUUAAAGUUCAAAGUUUUAUGAGAAACAAUCUCACUAGAUACAAUACACGUUAAUAUACAAGGACCUAUUACGUUCGGGAUAGAUUCGGGAUAUGGAAGAGUGGGUCGCUGGCCAUACUAUCGAAAUGUUCUUAGAUUAUAAGUAAAUAAGUAAAAUAACAAUUUAGAAGUAGCACAUCCAAAGACUGGUUCGUCGUCUACCAUUCCUAGUCGAAAUGGAAUUUGAAAAUGUUGGUUUUUGAAAUGAGAGGGGAAACCGGAGUACCUGGAGAAAAACAUCUCGGAGCAAAGGAGACGGAACCAACAACAAACUCAACCCACAUAUGGCGCGGACGCCGGAAUUUGAACUUGGUCCACAUAGGUGGGAGGCUAGUGCUGAUAUUGAAUGCACACAAUACUAGGAAUGUGGGAUAUCUCUUGUUAUGAGAAUAGUCUUUUUUCAAUUCCUGAAAUAAGCAUAGUGUCGCUUCCACGUAGGCUAAUUCUUCUAGUGGAGAAGAAUAAAAUUAGCAUUACCUCCUAGUUUCUGAUUUUCUGAACAAUUUUUUUGGAGGAAUGGCGAACAAUAAACUUUUCAAAGCCUGACAAUAGGUAAUUUUUCAUUUUUAGAGCCGAAAGGAACAAGACGCAUUCGUCAUUCCAGCAUUAUACCACUGCACCAGCGCAUACAAGACCAAAAUUGUGGCAGGCCUGCUUGCCUACAAAGGAAUACUUGUUCUGUUUGGGCUUUUUCUGGCCUGGGAGACACGCAAUGUCACUAUUCCCGCCUUAAAUGACUCUAAAUACAUUGGGAUGUCUGUUUAUAAUGUUGUUGUGCUUGGCAUCAUUGGUCUGGUCGUGACGUUUGUAUUUGAUGGAUCUACCCACUAUGUGGUUACUUACGCAAUCUCAUCUUCCUGUGUUAUUGUUUGCACUACUGUUACACUGUUGCUGGUGUUUGUUCCAAAGGUAAGUCGAAAAACGAAGCUCCCGUCACAGUUAUAA